CGAAGAAAGGGAGACGCGAUCUGGUACAGUAGCCCCACAUGGAGUUUCACGCGCCAAGACAUUCAUGUACCGUAACCUUAGGCUGGAGUCUCACCAAAAUCCUGGGCUGGACGUCAUCCGUGGGGGAACAGGAGAGAGCUCGAGACUGGACCGUCCGAACACUUCAAACUCCCCACGUCGUAGAAGCCGCGAAGAACUUUCUUUGCAUGAGUAGAGCUCUCCAAUCAGACAAUGGCUGCGAUAUAAGCUCAAGUAUACAUCCAGGUUCUCCUUUUCCUGAGUUUUCUCUGUUCUCGGGACUCCCUCCAGAAUACCGUUCAGAUUCCCCUCCAGUAUCCCUUCCAAUCCUUCGCGCAAACCUGGGAACAACAAGCAAUCAUGGAGUCAAUAAAGCCAAGCGAGAUUAACAUUAUCACGCUCAACUGUUGGGGAUUGAAGUACCUGGCAAAAUUCCGAAAUGAGCGUUUGACAGAGAUUGGGAAAUGUAUUGCAACUGCAGAUCCUGUGCCACACAUUGUCGGCCUCCAGGAAUGCUGGACCCAGGAGGAUUAUCAAAGCAUUCGGAAAACGACGAAGCAGCUCCUGCCUUAUGGGAAGUUCUAUCACAGUGGCAUUUUUGGCGGAGGACUUGCCGUCUUGUCCAAAUGGCCCAUAGAAGAGAGUUCAAUGUUCCGUUAUCCCCUCAAUGGCAGACCCACGGCUUUCUUUAGAGGGGAUUGGUAUGUUGGGAAGGGCGUUGCAUGUGCAAGAAUACGGUUCGGACCAGGGUCGAAAGAUGUGAUGGAAGUCUUCACAACACAUCUUCACGCACCCUACGAACGAGAACCCAACGACUCUUACAUAUGUCACCGGACCGCCCAAGCAUGGGAGAUCGCGAAGUUGAUGCGUGGUGCAGCCGAGAAACGUCACUUGGUUAUUGGUCUUGGAGACUUCAACAUGAUACCCCUCUCGCUAGCACACCGCUUGAUUUGCACACACUCUCCAGUCCAUGACGUGUGGCGUCUCUUACACCCCGACUCGUCGAUAGGAGCUGCAAUUGAUGAUGUGGAAAAAGCACGUCGAAGACCAAUUCCAACAGCUGAUAUUAAUACCCAGGAAAAUGGGGCCACAUGUGAUAGUGUAUUGAACACCUGGAGAUGGAACAAAGGUCAACAGAAGCUUCUUGGUCCCAAUAAACCACCGAUCGAAGUCCCGGGUGAUCGAAUAGAUCCCAAGGCGAAAAGACUGGAUUACAUUUUUGCCAGUACCGGCUUCAAUCCCGCAAACCCAGAGCAAGGAGGAUGGGUCGUCAAGACAGCAAAAAUCGGCAUGAUCCAAAGGCAUCCAGAACUACAAUGCUCACUCAGUGAUCACUUUUCUGUAGAGGCGACCUUGGUUCAUUCCAAUUCUGAGGACGACAAAGAUACUUCAUCAAUUGAGGAUAAUGAUACAUCGGUCAGUAAUGGCACAUACCUUAAAUCACCAGCCAACAGCGAGUUCCGAAAAUAUCCCGCCCAGUUCUCAGAGACCCCAUCGCCAUUUCUCCCUAUAUCCACAUACGACGAGAUUUUGGCCAUGAUACAUAAGUAUCGCGCGCGAGAAAAGCGACAGCGUCGUUUGCGACUUGCCCACUUCGUUGGCUCGGUGGCAAUCAGCAUCGGUUGCUUGGUUGCAGUUUGGUGGAGUCCUCGGAACUUCGUGGCUUUCAUACUGAUGCUUCUUAGCACUCUGGGCCUUGGCGCUGGAAUAAUUGAUGGACUGAUUGGAGGUCUCUUUGUUGGCAGUGAGAUACGGGCACUGAAAGAAUUCGAAUGGGAAAUCAGCAAUAUAAGAGCUGCUGCAAAUGGGGAGCCGCACGCCAUGGCUGAAGAGGGAAUCAAGGACUGGUGAUUUAUCAUGCUGAUGAUUUUCAGGUCUAUUCAGCUAAUACACGAGCUGUAUGGCUAACUAUUUGUACUAUUGAUUUUCCUGGUGCCAUCUUGCACAGGUGCUUCACCCUCAGAUGGAUCCACCAAUCCCUCGCGUGGAGUCACGUGCCAGGGGUAACAUGGUGCGACUGUCAACAAAUCAGGAAGGGUCUUAGUGUUUUGUUUCAACUAUCGUUUGGUAGAUGUUUCGUCCGAAGAGGUCAAGGCUGUCUUUAAUGUCAAGUCGUCAUUACCCAAAUUCAAUUUAUACCCGUUCGAAUGUCAACUCCAGGCGUGCAAUUCAGGCGAUGAUUUGUUUCUUCCAACGGCAUAGGUUCAUAGCCGCUGGAUUGGUAAUUUCUCUCAUUGUGUGCUUCUUGUUUCUGUCUUUCCACGAUGACUUUGAGGACUACACCAAAGUUCCGUUCAUAUCGAACCUACUACCAGCGACUGCCACAUCCACCUCGCCAUCUGCAUUGAUAAAUAAUGCACACACUCUACCAAGUGCUGAUGCGUACCUACCACAUUUCCAAG